AUGAUCAUAAAUUGUAAACUGUUAAAGAAAAUAGGACAGAAAAAUGGAAGCCAUCAACAUAUCGCAGUUCCUCUUCGUUUUAUUUUCAUCUACAAACAUCCAAACGACAGCAGCCACUCCAUCAUUCUAUUCCCAAACCCACAAAUUGUUCGUAAAAACGACAGCAGCAAUUUAACAACAUACCCUGACAAAUGCUACAAGUCCUUAUCCACAUACUCCACGGCCAUCAAAUCUGACCCGAUCAAGCUAUGCACUACAGCGCUUAAACUCAACGUGAAAUCCGCAAAAGAAGCGACUUCUGUCGUCUCUAAGCUUCUUAAAAAGUCUCAGAAAUCUGCAGCCGGGCGAAAGAGUAGAAUGGUACCAGAAACGCUGAUACUCAAGGACUGCCUUGAGGAGAUGGAGGAUACAAUUGUUGAGCUCAAGCAAGCGAUCACGGAGAUGAAGACUAUACGAGAUGGUGACUCUAUAGCUGAGCAUAUAGCGAACGUUAGGACUUGGCUGAGCUCGGCCUUGACCGACGAAGGGACUUGUACGGACGGAUUCGAAGAGGUGAAAGUGAAUAAAGAAACUAAGAAGAUGGUGAUGAAGGUUGUCGAGGAACUUGCAACAACGACUAGUAAUACUUUGGCGCUUAUUACCAAUCUAAGUUACUAG